ACCCCUGCCUGUCCUGUUUUUCUAUUUUCUUUCCCCCCUCAGAUUGGACGAGCACGGCGCCAACAGAUAGAGCGGCAGCACACAGUUUCUUUCUUCUUCUUUUUUUUUUUUGAACUUAAGCAGCACACAGUUUCGCGUCUCGCUUUUUUCCCCCGUCCCUUGUUCCAUCUGUUAUGUCUUGAUGACUCUUGACACAAGUUGCAAAUAACGUAGUAAUGAUGUCUGGUGAUGUGUUUUUUUUUUUUGUUUUAGCUUGGGGACGUGGGGGCGUGGAGCAGGGCAGGCCCGUGUCAGUCUGUGACUCCCGCGCCGCACCCUUCGUCGGAGUCCAUCGAGCGCGCCGGCGGGACCCCACCGGCAGUGACUUUAAGCGCCGGCGGGAUCCAUCAAUCUUCCACUGAUUGGGGUCUCCCAGUCCCAGAUAAGCGCGCGCCUUUAUCUACCCACUCCGCCUCUGCUCCUAUCCAUUCGCCUUCCUCUUCCUCUGCCCCCGCCGCUCGCUGUGCCUUCCCCCUUCCCCCACAGUCCCACUCCGUCUUCGUCCUCCCUCCCAGACCGACCGGCCGCCGCCGCUGCGGAACCAGGACCUUCGCCAGGCGCCCGCGCCCAAGAGGAGGAGCCGCCGCCGCCGCCGCCGCCGCCGCCAUCCACCAAGAGCUAGCCGGUCGCACUCAUUGCAAAGCACAAAUAUAUGGCCCUCAAUACACUGCAACUUCCAUCUAACUUGGCAAGGCCAAGCAGCUUCAGUCCAUCCUCAGCUUCUAACCAGUACCAGCCAAAGCCGCCAGUGAGACUUGACACAAGGACCACGGCAAAGAAGCACCAGAAGAGAACCACAUCAGUCCUUAAAUGCAGAGCCAAUCUGCAUGGCUGCAUGGACGAGGUUGUUCAGACCCCCAAAGACCAGACCACUGAAAUCCCAAUCGUCAUGUACCCGUCGGUGGUCUUCCCUGGCGCCACACUCCAGCUGCAGGCGUUUGAGUUCAGGUACCGCAUAAUGAUGCACACCCUUCUUCAGCAAGGCCUCAAGUUUGGGGUCAUCUACUGCGGCAAGAAUGGCAGGAUGGCUGAUGUCGGGUGCAUCGUCCAUGCCAUCGAGUGCGAGAGGCUCAUCGAUGACCGGUACUUCCUCACCUGCGUAGGCGAAGAUCGCUUCAGGGUCAUCGAGAUUGUCAGGACAAAGCCCUAUGUUGUUGCAAGGAUCCAGGUGCUGAACGACCGUCCCAGCUCAGAGCCCCAGGACGACCUUGGGAGCCUGAUGCAGCAGGUGGAGCAGCACCUGAAGAAUGUGGCCAUGCUUUCAGACAAACUGAACCUGAACCAGAAACUGAGGGGAGACCAUCAGGCUGAGCAAUUCCGCAGGAUGCACUCUGCGGCCUCUUUCUCAUUCCUCAUCGCGCGACUGUUCAUCGAUGAUCGCUUGGAGCAGCAGGCGCUGCUGCAGAUGAAUGACAGCGCCCAGCGGUUGGCGCGAGAGGGGAUGUACCUGGAGCGCAGGAGCAAGUACCUGGCUGCCAUUGCAGCAAUCAAGGACGCCUUUGAGCACAUGUCCUGCAACGAGAAGUAGAACCUACCUUCGCAUUUUGGAUAUGUGAUAUUGCUACUAAGUAGAUACUAGUAUGUAGAGCAAUGCCCCCUCAAAAAAAAAGUAUGUAGAGCAAUAAGCAACCAGACAAUGUCAUGGUCAUAGGUUUCCUUAUAGUCUUGGAGUUUCUGCUACUUCUGUGUAUAGUGUACAUUCUCUUGUGUCCUUUUUUGUUUUGCAAAUUUUGCUGCUAUCUCUAGAUGUACUUGUGUAUGUAUUGCUGCAACAUGGAGGGUAUAUUGAGUUUGAGUAAGAGCUUUUCUAUCAGAGAUUCCACU